AUGAUAUUUUACGCAGAUUUGGGUGAAGAUUUUAAACAACUUUAUGAAAAUAGAGAAAACUGUGAUGUGAAAAUUUAUGCUGGUGAAAAGCUUGAGGAACUUCAAACCCAUUCGCUAUUAUUGCGAGCUCGUUCUCCCUAUUUCAGCGGUGCGCUUUCACAAGAAUGUACAAAGGAUCAACAUGGUUACUUUAUCUUCAGAUUUCCUACUAUUUCCGCUUCGACAUUUGAAGUGAUUCUUAGGUACAUUUGUUGCGGGAUUAUAGACCUUCAUGAACUACAUGGUACUGAGAUUUUAAAGGUUUUGAUCCCCGCAGAUGAACUCGGACUUCAAAAAUUUAUCAUUUAUGUCCAGAAAUUUUUAAUCGAGAAUCGUGUUGAUUUUUUACGAGAGGAUCCCGGGAGAAUUUUGCAGACUAUAACUUAUCAUGAAGCAUUUGAUGACCUUAAAAAAUUUUGCUUAGACACCAUCCUCGCCGAUCCGGUCAUCAUAUUUGGUUCAAAUAAAUUCCUCACACUAGAAGAAAACGUAUUAUUACCGAUUUUUAAAUGUGACGAGUUGUCGAUGGACGAAAUCGAAAUCUGGAAUUGCGUUAUUAAGUGGGGAAUAGCACAAGAUCUAGAACUCAAAGACAAUGUUGAAAACUAUAAAGAUCAAGAUUUCAAAGCUUUAGAAGAAAAGAUACAGAAUUUUAUUCCUCUAAUUCGGUUUCAUGAAAUUUCCAUGGGGGAUUUUUACUUUAGGGUCUGGCCCUUUGAAAAGAUUCUACCUGAAGAACUUGUGGAUGAUAUUCUCCGUUGUUAUAUGGUUUCCAAAGCCACACCACGCUUUAAUGCAUAUCCUUCGAGGAUUUCUUUCUCUUCUACCUUAAUUGAUAAAAAGCAUCUUAUUUUAUUUGCAAGCUGGAUUGAUCAAAAAUCUGAAAAUUAUACAAAGUUUGAACAAAUUCCUUACGAGUUUCCAGUUAUUUACCGGGCCAGCAGAGAUGGGAAUAAAUCCAUCAUGUUUCGUCAGAAAUGUAACAAUCAAGGAGCUACUAUUGUGGUAGGCAAGAUUCAAAAUUCAGAAAUGUUUGUGGGCGGGUAUAAUCCACUAAGUUGGACCGGCAAUGAUCAAUACAGCUGUUCAUCCGAAAGCUUCAUAUUUUCGAUUAACAACGAUGAUAAUUGUUUGGGCCGUCUAAAUGAAUGCGACAAUUAUAACAACUGUUCACUCGAUUACGACGAUUAUUGCGACGAUUAUGACAGUUAUUUUAAUUAUAAUAAUGAAACUUACGAAUACGAUCAAAGUAAUUGGGCAAUUUACGAUCACACAUCUUAUGGUCCAACAUUUGGGAAAGGCCAUGAUUUAUGUUGUCGUUUCGAUAGUUGGAUUAGUAACCCAGACACUUAUUGGUCCAUUGGCCUCCCAAAUCAAUAUUGUGUAUCCGAUUGGGAGGUUUUUAAGGUGGUAAAGAAGGGUUAA